UAUGUCUCCGGGGAACAGAGGUGCUUCGGCUCCUCAGUUAAGAAAGAGGAAGGUAGGUGAGAACAAGGGCCCAGAAUAGGAUGAUCAGGAAGGGGUGAGGGCUCUCCUCCUCCCUCUUCAACUCUCCCACUUGGGCAAUCGGGCGAAGCCUCUGCCCACGGUGAUUAUAUUUAACUGGGGACUUGAUAAGAACGGCGAAGGUCUAAGACCCCUGAGGAGGGAAGAAGCCAGAGGCGGAGGCACUGAAUCCUAGGUCUCUACAACAGGCCGGCGGGAGCCAUGGGGCGGGAGAGCAGAGCUCCGCGGGAUGUUCUGGAGUCCCCAGAAGGCCUCGUGCUGAAGGACGCAGGCGAUGGCCCGGGUCUGGAAGGGCCCCAUGCCUGGCAGUGGUUUAGGAGGUUCCCAUGGGCAUCAAGGACCUGCCAGUCUGAGAGACUCCCCAUCAUAAGGCCGUCACCGAGGGGCCAUCUGCCCCCACGCUGCCAGUGCCCAGCAUGCAGGAACCUGUAGACACACCGACCUUGUCGGCCCUCAGCCAAUCCUCCAUCUCCACCCAGGACAAGUCCUCUAGUGUAGCUCAAACCUCGAGCGUAGUCCCCCAGCCCUUAAGGCCCUCGAUCGUCCCACCCCCUAGCAAGCCCAAGGGCUGGAAUUCUGGAGCCAGUGCCAAUCGCAUGCGCAGGAUCAUCGCUGAGGAUCCUGAGUGGUCGCUGGCCAUCGUGCCCCUCCUCACUGAGCUCUGCAUUCAGCAAAUUGUCCAGAACUUCCAGAACAACCCUAUCCUGAAGCAGCUGCUUCCAGAGCACAAGCAGAAGGUCCUCGACCUUUUGUCCCCCAACCUGCCGCUGGCCGUGACCGCCAACCUGAUCCACGACGAGAGCUACUGGCGCCGCUGCUGCACGCAGCGCUGGCCCGUGUGCCACGUGGCCAACCAUGGCGGCAGCUGGAAGCGCAUGUUCUUCGAGCGGCACCUGGAGAACCUGCUAAAGCACUUCAUCCCAAACACCACGGACCCCGCGGUGGUCCUGGACCUCCUGCCGCUCUGCAGGGACUACGUGCGCAGGCUUCGCGUGCAUCAGUUCCUUCCGCCUGUGAAGCUCCCGACGCCGCCCCGGGGCGGGGAUCCGUCCGACUCCGGCAGCGAGACAGAGAUGGAGGAGCCGGCCACUGACCACUACCAGCUGGGAGAGCUGGUGGCUGGCCUGAGCCAUCUGGAGGAGCUGGACCUGGUGUACGGGGUCAAGGACUGCGGCAUGAACUUCGAGUGGAACCUCUUCCUCUUCACCUAUGGCGACUGCCACUCCCUGGCGGCCACCAUCAAGGCUUGCCACACGCUCAAGGUCUUCAGGCUGACCCGAAGCAAGGUGGAUGACGACAAAUCACGGAUCCUAAUUCACAGCCUCCUGGAUCACCCAGCCCUUGAGGAGCUGGACCUGUCACACAACCUCAUUGGGGACCGGGGCGUGCGUGCCGCGGCCAAGCUGCUGAGCCACAGCCGUUUGCGAGUGCUCAACCUGGCCAACAACCAGGUGCGCGCGCCUGGUGCCCAGUCACUGGCUCACGCCCUAGCACACAACACCAACCUCAUUUCCCUCAACCUGCGCCUCAACUGCAUUGAGGAUGAGGGCGGCCAGGCACUUGCACAUGCCUUGCACACCAAUAGGUGCCUCACAACACUGCACCUCGGUGGCAAUGAGCUGUCUGAGCCCACCGCCACACUCCUCUCCCAGGUGCUCGCCAUUAACACCACGCUCACCAGCAUCAACCUGUCCUGCAAUCACAUCGGGCUGGAUGGCGGGAAGCAGCUCCUGGAAGGCAUGUCAGACAACAGUACCCUCCUGGAGUUUGACUUGCGCCUGUCAGAUGUGGCCCAGGAGAGCGAGUACCUCAUUGGCCAGGCUCUCUGUGCCAACCGGGAAGCAGCCCGCCAGCGGACCUUGAAUCCCAGCCACCUCAUGUCACCAGUCUCUGCCAAGGAUUCUGAGAACCCUGCAGGAUAAGAUGGGGGCCGGGGCCAGGGCGGUGACUGGACCUGGGUCACUGCCUCAGCCCCAUCCCUCAUUUCA